CAGCUUCGUGCGGUGAUUGGCUGGAGACUGUAAAUGGGCGGAGUCAGGUAGGUAUCGUGUCUUUCUUGAUCAGAGAGGUACGUGAGAUCUGCAGGAACCGGGAGCUGAGCGGAGGUAUAAGACAAUGGCUUCAGGCGCAGGAUCUGCCGUCCCUCAUCCAUACUGGCCCCGGGAUCUGCAGAUCGAUGGCUACCGUCCUAAUGACCGCCCGAUGUCAGAGAUCCUGACCUUCCUAUUCUCAGUAUCGGGGGCUCUGCUGGUUGGGAUGUGGUUCCUGACCGGUCGGGUGACUGGCAUGAGUGCCCCCCGCCGCCUGGCUGUCUGCUGGUUCAUGGUCUGUGGUUUCAUCCAUGGUGUCAUUGAAGGCUGGUUCUCCUUCUACUACCCAGUGAUCCCCAAGGACCAAGCGUUCCUCUCACAGCUGUGGAAAGAAUAUGGGAAAGGUGACAGUCGGUAUAUAAUAGCCGACAACUUCACAGUCUGCAUGGAGACCGUCACGGCAGCAGCGUGGGGACCAUUGAGCAUCUGGACGGUGAUUUCCUUCCUGCAGAACAAGCCCUAUCGCUUCGUGCUACAACUGAUUGUGUCUCUUGGGCAGCUUUAUGGGGAUGUUCUUUACUUCUACACCGAAUACCGAGAAGGAUUCAGUCACAGUGAGAUGUGGCAUCCCCUAUACUUUUGGUUCUACUUUGUCUUCAUGAACGCGCUGUGGAUUAUCAUUCCGUCUAUCCUCAUUGUGGACGCCUGGAUCAACAUGAGCAAAUCACAGUCUGUCGCUGAUAGGACCCGACCUGCAAGCAAAUCUAAAAGGAACUGAGUUUGGAUGAUGGGGGCGUAAUGGGGCAUUACCAAGAACAGCCAGCAGAAGGCACUAGUCCCUGAUUUGUAUAAAAAAAAAAAAUUGGGAGGGAGGGGGAGACCAGAAUCAUGGUAAAUGUUUAAAGCGCCUUGUUUAAUUACAGAGUUCAGACUUUUUUAUUUUUUAUUCAUUUUUUUUAAUGUAAUUUCAUAAUUCAAACAUCUGUGUUACUGUAUGUAAGAACCUGUAACUUUUAUGAAUAGAUCUGUAGUCAUUU